AUGGCUACCCGCGAUGCUCUUCAUUUCUCGCCCUCCAACAGUGAACAGAUUGACCCCUACAUCACCCAGCCCAAUCAUUCCUCUCAUUCCAAGCCCUUUGUAACACUUACAUUUGCUACAUCCCUCGAUAGCCAACUUUCUCUGGCUCCCGGCGUUCAAACUGCACUUUCAGGCCCCGACUCCAAAGCCAUGACGCACUAUCUUCGCUCAAAGCAUGACGCCAUUCUGAUUGGUGUCGGUACGGCAAUCGCAGAUGAUCCUUCGUUGAACUGCCGGAUAGGAGGCGUGGGUGGAUAUGGAGGUGAGGGUUUGGAGGGGCAACCGAGGCCCGUAAUCAUUGAUCCAAAGUGCAGGUGGGAGUUUACAGAGGAGAGUAAAGUGAUGCGGCUUGCGCGAGAAAGAAAGGGAAAAGCACCGUGGGUGAUCACGCAAACUGAAAUGAGCGAGGGGAAGAGGAGAAUCUUGGAGAGUGUGGGCGGCAAAGUCCUUGCUGUGUGUUCGGUACCUGCACUGCCAGUAACUGCGUCCUCUGAAUGGGACGAUUUGUUGAAGGCGCUUGCGCGCGAAGAGAUCAGAAGUGUAAUGAUUGAAGGUGGAGGCAGGAUCAUCAAUGAUUUGCUAGGCGCGAAAAAUUUCAACCUGGUUGAUUCGGUUAUUGUUACAAUCGCUCCGACUUGGCUAGGUGAAGGAGGCGUGCAAGUGUGUCCAGAGAGGCGUAUGGAAAAUGGGAGGCCACUGCCUGUUGGGAGAUUGACAGAUGUGAGGUGGAUUCCAUUGGGCGAGGACGUAGUGCUAUGCGGACGUCCCAAGCGGUGGCAAUAG